GAUAACUGCUCCUCCGCGUYCAUCAUUCAACAGUUUAACAAUAAUAAAUUAAUAACAUAUUAAAUUAUAUUAAUAACAUAUUAAAUUAUAUUAAUUAAAUACAAAAGUAAAGACGAUUAAAUUUAUUUUUAAGCGCGCGUGAAAUGGCCAUCCCGUUACCGUUGUCGUCGCGGCUGUUGUUGUCCUUGUUGUGCGCGAGUUGUUGCGUGCCGCUGCCGUCAGCUGAACGCUUGCAGAAGCGCGGCAUUGUAGAAUUUAAUGGAUUUUCGUCUGCCGGACACCAGCAGCAGGAAUACGACUUCGGCGCUGGUCACAAACAGCAGCAGGAAUACGAUUUCGGCGCCGGUCACAAACAGGAACAGGAAUACGACUUCGGCGCCGGUCACAAACAGCAACAGGAAUACGACUUCGGCGCCGGUCACAAACAGCAACAGGAAUACGACUUCGGCGCUGGUCACAAACAGCAGCAGGAAUACGACUUCGGCCCCGGUCACAAACAGCAACAGGAAUACGACUUCGGUGCCGGUCACAACCUGCAGCAUCAAGAGUACGAUUACGGUGCCGGUCAACAUCAGCAAGAAUACGAUUAUGGUGCCGGUCACCAACAGCUUGCUGUACAGCAGUACGUAGGCCAYAAUGACGGUAAGCAUAAGCAUCCCAAAGUGUCGGUUAUCGAGAAAAAGGUACCGGUGCCGGUACCGGUUGAUGUGGUGAAACCGGUAAGGUAUGUGGUUCAGGUGCCUGUGGAUAAGCCGCGCGCAGUGCACGUGCCCAAGCCGUAUCCGGUCAAAGUGGAGAAGGAAGUGCCGUACCCGGUCAAGGUGUACGAGCCGCAGCCGUACCCCGUGCAGAAGGAUGUCCCGGUGGCCGUCAAAGUGCCUUACGACCGCCCUGUGCCGGUGCACGUUGACAAACCGUAUCCCGUGUACAAGGAGAAGAUCGUCCGUUACCCGGUGUACAAGCAGGUGCACGUGCCCGUCAAAGUGCCAUACGACAGACCGGUGCCCGUGCACGUUCCCGUCGUCAAGCAGGUGCCGUUCCGCGUUGAAAAGCCCGUGCCCGUGCCCGUCAAAGUGCCGUACAUUAGACCGGUGCCGUACAACGUGUACAAAAACGUGCCCGUCCCGUACGAGAAGCCUGUUCCUUACCCGGUCGAGAAGCGAGUGCCAUAUCCRGUCCGAGUUCCGGUCCAUGUUCCCGUCAAGAUCGAAACAYAUCAUCAUCAACAUCAACAACAACAACAGCACCACAACCACUUCACGCAGCAGUAUCAUMCGCAGUCUGAAAAGUUCACCCAUCAAGACGCCGUCGUAGAUUUUGAAGGACACCAACAACAACAACAACAGCAUCACUUUGUCCCGGGCUUUAACUCGCAGCACAAUCACCAUUCGUCGUUCUGAUGACUAUAGUGACACAAAGUUCAUUUGAUCGGUAUAAACAGCUAUAACCGAUUAAUUUGUUUAAAAAAAAAAUUGUAUGUACCUGUACCUAUUAUGCAUUAUUUUUAAUGUUUUAAAUAUA